AUGGCCGAAGGUCAAACAGAUGCCAACGGCAUGACAGGUGGUGCCAAAAAGCAGCUUAUCAUCAACGCCUUUGUUGGCUCAUGUAGUGGCCACCAAUCGCCCGGUCUUUGGCAACACCCCGACGACCACUCGUCAGAGUUCCACACCCUGAAGCACUGGGUGAAUCUGGCAAAGUUGCUCGAGAAAGGCAAAUUUCACGGCUUGUUCAUUGCCGAUUCGCUCGGCUCGAAAGAUGUAUACAAAGGACCACGCAAUCCAGCCCCGUCGAUCGCUACAGGAGCCCAAUGGCCCGUCCAUGAGCCUGUUGCGGUCCUUCCAGCCAUGGCAGCCGCGACGGAGAGUAUUGGAUUCGCUGUGACAGUUUCUGUCACUUACGAACAGCCGUAUCAUCUGGCACGCAGACUGAGUACAGUGGAUCACCUGACCGGUGGGAGAGUUGGUUGGAAUGUUGUUACUGGCUAUCUGGAUACGGCCGCCCGAAACAUGGGCUUCGAGAAGCAGGCUGAACACGACGAACGCUACAAUGUCGCCGAGGAAUACACUGAGGUGGUGUACAAGCUCUGGCAAUCGUCCUGGCGUGAUGAUGCAGUCAAGUUAGACAAGAAGACAGGCAUCUACACAGAUCCCUCUCUUGUUCGCACGAUUGAUCACGUCGGUAAAUACUUCAAGGUUCCCGGUCCCCAUAUGUGCCAGCCAUCACCCCAGCGGACACCAGUCAUCAUGCAGGCCGGUACCUCCAGGGCAGGCAAAGCGUUUGCCGCGAAGCAUGCAGAGGCUGUCUUCGUCGGUGCCUAUAGCCCCGUGGUCGUGGCAAAGAACAUUGCAGAUAUCAGAGCCAUGGCCAAGGAGGAGUUCGGACGUGAUCCCCAGUCCAUCAAGUUCAUUGCCAUGUUCUGUCCGAUCAUUGGCAAGACCCAGGAAGAAGCUCAAGCAAAGUAUGAGGAACUCCUCUCUUAUGGCUCCGAGGAAGGUGCUCUGGCCCUUUUUGGCGGCUGGACCGGUAUAGAUCUGGCGCAGUACGAUGACGAUGAAGAACUACGAUACGUCGAGUCUAACGCCGCCCGUUCUGCUGUCGAAGGCUGGGCGAAGGCGCACCCAGGAGUACCCAAGUGGACCAAGAAAGCCCUCGCCGACGACAUCAAGAUUGGCGGAUCAGGAGCGACGGUCAUCGGUACCCCAGAACAUGUCGCAGAUGAGAUGGAGCGAUGGGUGAGAGAAGCAGACGUCGACGGCUUCAACAUCUCUUAUGCCUUGUUCCCCCAGACGUUUGAGGAUGUUAUUGAUCAUCUACUUCCAGUGCUGCGCAAGCGGGGAUUGUUCUGGGAUGAUUAUGCCGUUCCGGGUGGCACAUAUCGCGAGAACCUUUAUGGAAAAGCUGGCCUCACUCAUCCACCAGCAGACCAUCCCGCUGCGGCGUAUCAUUGGAAAGCACCAGCAGAGGCAUAG